AUGCCGGACCACACCCCGAGGAGCCUGUUCGCCGUCCCCGCCCCCAUCGCCGCCCUCUUCCGGCGCUUCCCCCUGGCCGUUCUCCCUCCGAACGACCUGCCCCUCCGUUCCCCCUCCCGCGGCGACACUCCCGUCCUCUACGUCUUCGUCGCCGCCGAAGAUGCCCCCAAGGGCCGACCGAGCUUCAACCCCUCGUGUCUCAAGUGGCAGACCUUCCUCAAGAUCGCCGGCGUAGAGUUCCGCAUCCUCCCCUCAACAAACCACGCCUCCCCCUCCGGCGCCCUUCCCUACCUCCAACCGCCGAUACCCUCUCGUCCCGUCCCCGCCGGAAGCAGACUCGAGUCCUGGGCCCUCGACCAACGCCCCUCCUCCUCCUCCUCCGAAAAGAACCCCUCACAACAGCCGCCGCUCCCCGAAGGCCGCCUCCAAGCCUACCAGUCCCUCCUCGACCACCGCGUCCGCACAGCCUGGCUACACGCCCUCUACCUCUCCCCGGCCAACGCCGCCCUCCUCUCCCGUCUCUACAUCGAACCGGCCACCAACAACCCCGUAGCGAGACUAGCCCUAUCCCACCAAGUCUGCUCCGCCGCCGAGGCGGAAGUCCUGAAAGCGACCCGGACAGCCGUGGUCGAUCCGGCGCGGAUAUACGCCGACGCGCGCUCCGCGUUCGAGGCUCUCGCGGCGCUCCUGAACGAGAGCGAAGGCGGCGGCGGCGGCGGCGGCACAGGCUGGUUCUUCGCCGCUGAGGACCCGACGCUGUUCGACGCCUCCGUCUUCGCGUACACGCACCUCCUGCUCGACGACACCUUCGGCUGGGCCGACCGCACUCUGUCCGAGGUGCUGAUGGAGUUCCCCGUCCUCGUGAGACACAGGGAGAGGUUGUCGGCAAGAUGCUUUCCCGACGACGACGUUGUUCUCGUGUGA